AUGCGGUGUACAGCGGCAGCACUGGGCUUACUCUUAGCCGUGCCUAUGAAAUGUUUGGCUACUGACACAGGCCAAAACGAUGAAAUAAUACCAUUGGGUGGAAGUGUCGUCGGAACAAAUACGUAUACCGUGGUGAGGUUUGAGGCUGUCUGCUCAGAGUGCACAGACUUAUCGCAUUCAAGACUGCCUCUUGAGCUAAAGGUCAGUAGACCUGAUGGCGCCUGCGAUGGCUCAGCCAUCUAUCUCAACGGGCAGCCGCUCGUCCAUAACCGUGAUAGAAAUUCUCAGCAUGAGUUCAGUACGGUCCCAAUAUUCUCUGGUAACUCCACAGCCGUGUUAUCCGUCAGUUGGCAGAGCGGCUGCAUUGGGGCACCUUGCGGAAGCACCGGGACGUGCUCGGAAAUGGACCAAUUCCUCACCAUUCAGAUUGAACAAAUCGAUGAUAUAGAUCUUGAAAUGAGCAUAGAUUUUAGCGUUACGCUCGCCGAGGACAUGCGUCCCAAGAUACACGAUCUAUGCAGUCACCCGUGGGAAAUUACCAACUUCGACCUAAUCGACUGCCCCGACUCCCGACCAGGUUUGGUCAACCAAAUAAACCAUUGGAUUCUAAACGCCAUCACCUUUUCUUCCACCGUCGACCUCUUCAUAUUCGGAGCAGUCGCUAUCACCAUCGCGAGUAUAGCACUGCUAACCUUCCUCAUCUGCCGUAAUACCAUUUACUGCCGCCGACGCCGCGCCGAUAGAGCCGCCAAGCGAGAAGAGAGGAGGACACGACGUGCCUAUAAAUCCGCUGCCCGCCGACUGCGAUGGAGAAAAUGGUGGGAUACAUUUAGGGGCACGGCACCUCUUCUCCCCUCUGCCAACAACACACAACGCCACGACCUCACAGCUUUUGAAACACCACAUCCGCAUCACGAUCACCACUACUAUCGUCACACAGCGGAGCCCUAUGAACUGGAACUUGAUACUGAAACUGAUUCCAGACAGGGCUUCAUACAAGCCGAAAUAAGAGGCUUCCGUCAAGCGCUCCAGUACGUUGGGGAACUGGUGCGCUAUCCAGCGGAUAGGAAUAUAGAUAUAGAGAGCGGAACUAGCUACUUUGGCCCUGAAGGCCACGAUGGCGUCAAAGCAGUGGACGCGCGGGAGAAGCAGAAAGUAGGAAGGAGUCGAGCAUCUUCGUCGACAGCAGGUCUUUCGACGGUCAUGUCGCUUCGAACGAUUAGUUUGGGUACGGAGGCGGAGACGGAGACGGAUAUAGAUAUCUCUUCGCGUGCGACGCCGCCACCUAGUUAUCAUCCUUGA